GGCAGAACAGUUGCGGCUCGGCAACAAGGAAGAGGCCAAGCAGCUGCUCAAGCAGAUGAAAUGGACCGAGAAGCGGGACCAGAACGCUUUUGCCGAGAGGGCCUGCAGGGAGGCAGAGGAGCACUUCGCCAAGAGCGGACAGGCCCCUGCAGUAGCGAAGAUAUCAGCCCUUGGGGGGAGGAAGGCCAAGGGGCACAGCGGAGGCCGCUCGAAGAUAAGCGAAACACUGCAACACGAAGGGGAGGUCGCUUACACCGCCAGGGGCAAGGCGGAGCUACACCGGGCUUUUUUCGAGGCAGUCUUCACCGGAGAGGAGCCGCC